AUGGCGUCCAGCUGGCGGCUGCUGUACCACUACAUGCGCGACCACUCGCUCAUCCCCUCCGCUGAGGACGGCUCUAGCCGCUGGCAGUGCCCCUCCUUUGACCCCAAGCGGUGCGUGGCUGUGAAGAAUGCCAAGAAUUUGUUUCCAUGGCACAACCUCCUGUGCAGUGAGCUGAAGCAGCUAUACGUGGUGCUAACACGAGCGCGGCAGCGGCUGUGGAUAUACGAGGAGGACGAGGGGGCGAGGCGGCCGGCCAUGGACCUGUGGGGGGCCAUGGGCGUGGUGGCAGUGAAGGCACUCACGGCCGACCUUCUCACGUCCAUGCACACAGAAUCGUCGCCCGAGGGGUGGCAUAAAAGGGGCACUGAGCUAUUCAACGCAGCCCAGUUCGAGGCAGCAGUGCUCAGCUUCGAGCGAGCAGGCGACGAGCACAGUGCAGCGGUGGAACGGGCAGCGCUGCUGCAGCAGACAGCCAAGAGGCUACAGGGCACGGACCCCAAGAAGGCCAGCAAGACGUUUCAGGACGCCGCAGACGCGUUUCUGAAAGUGGACAAGCCGAGGGAUGCCGCCCGGUGCUUGAUCAGUGCGGGCAAGAUGAAGCAAGCAGGUGAGGAACGGUGGAGUGAGGUGGAUGAGAUAGGGGGAAGGGACGUGAAGGAAGAGGGCAGGGGCGAUGUGUAUCGGGACAGGUGUGUGCCACCCAUGUGGGUGAAAUCAGGGGAGUGCUACGAGCUGGCAGCGAUGGCAGAGGAAGCAGCACAGUGCUUUGCACAAGUGUGGGAGGUGGAGAGGGCGCUGCUUGUGUGUGCACAGAACCGGCUGUACACUCUCGGAGUGUCCCUGCUGCACGUGUGGCAGGGACAGGUUGAGGAGGGAAUGAGAGCAGUGAAAGUAAAGCAGAACCAGCAAGGCCAGCAGCUGCAGCAGCAGAAGCAGGAGGAGGAAGAGGAAGAGAAGUGGAAGCAGCGAGAAAGGCUCGUCAUUCGAAAGAACGCAGAGUUCCUGCAGCAGGCUGCUAUGUUCUACUAUCGCAAGAAGAACAUGAGCGAGGUAAUGAUGUUUGUGCAUCAGCUCCCCUCGCUGGCAAAGAAGCGGCCGUUCCUUGAGAGGCGAGACUUCUUCGGUGAGUUGCUCCAGAUUGAGAUAACUGAGGGGAAUUUCCAGCGGGCAGCUGAAAUGAUGCUCAAGAAAGGAGACAUGGUUGGGGCAGCAAGAAUGUUUCUCGGGCAGAAGGAAUGGGGGCGGGCGUUUGAGUGUGCGAUGGGUGCGGCUCGUGUCGUGAGCAUGUGGGCGAAUGGGAAUAAGGGAUGGCCAUUGAAUGUUCGGGAGCGGAAGCAAGAGAAGGUGGAGAAGCAAGAGGUGACAGCGGAGACCAGGAAAGACGAAUUGCUGCUGGGAUUGGGAAAGGAGGAUGAGGGAAAGAGGGUUAAAGUGAAAGCAGGAAACGGUGAAGCUGUUCCAAACGCAUGGGAGGCGAGGGCUGAUGCGGAUGAGAGUGAAACGGAAGUCCAGGGCAAGAUAGACGCUCCAGAGGGAGGGGGAAAGCAGCAGAAAGCGGAAACGCAGGAGAAAGCGGAAAAGCAGGAGGGCGUGGAGACGAAUGUAGGUGAAAAUAUAGAUGCGACUAUGGAUGCGCUGGAGACAGCUGUUGCCGUGUGGGUGUGGGAGAGGAAGGCCAGGGAGCAGGGAAAGGACGUGAAAGAUCUAGAAGAGGGGAGUUCAGUCGGAUUGGGGAUUCAAGGACUGGGUGGGGUGUCAGGGAGGGAGGGCGGGGAGGUGGAUGAGAGGGAGGGCUUGGAGGCUGUCACGCUGCUGUGGCUGCGGGAUUUCCACGCUCUGGCCGGUGCAACUGGGCGUGGGAGGCAGGUGGACUCGGGUGGGGAAGAGAUGGACAAAUGGUGGCAGCUGCUGAUUCGCUGCCGUGCGGAUGAGCUGCUUGGUAUGGUGGGUGCGAUGGGGAAAGGCGCUCUGGGAGGUGAGUCUGCAGGGCAAGCGGGGGUGGUACCCGAGGAAGGGGAGGAAGAGGAGGAGGAUUUGGGAUUGGGUGAAAGGAGUCUUGCUGCUGAAGUGCUGGUGAGCUGGAAGGGUCUCCAGUUGAGCAUCCAGCGAGCCAAAGCAUCUCUUUCUCAUCACGCCAGCACCUCCCUUCCUCGCUCAAGUGCCACACCCUCUGCCCCAAUACUCCCUUCUCCCGCCAAGCCUGCUGCUAACCAGCCCUCUCGGCCAUCGCCUGGAGCAGCAGCAGCAGCUGUGACUCUUCGGCCCGAAUGGCAGGCAGUAAACCAAGGAGCUCCACAGCAGUUGCAGCAGCAGGAGCAAGCGCAGAAACAGAAGCAGCAGGAGGAGUUGCCGUUUGAGGCGGAAUGGAGGGAGGUGAAGGUGUGGUGGGGGCGGUGGAGUGAGAGAGUUGCAGCCAUGGUAUCAGCACUGCAGAGACUGCAGAGGCGCAGAGAGCUACCCUCAGAUGCGCCCUGGCUAGAUGCCACCUUCCACCUGCUCGCUGUCUCCUCCCCUGCUUCCUCCUCCUCCUCCCACUCCGCCUCCCACGUUCUCGCCUCCUCCUCUGCCCAGUCCUUUCUGGUCGGCCUGUCAUCUGCUCAUUGGCUGAACCCUGUGCGAGCAGCAGUUAGCCACCUGCCGAAUCAGGGCACGCGGGGGGAGGUAGCAAGAGAGGCUGCAGCCAGGGCAGGUGCUAUCUACUGGGCGAGGCAGGCGAGUGAGAUGGUCAAGGAAUGUGCGGCUGUGAUGCAGCAAGCCAUGAGAUCUCUGGAGAAGGGUUUGCUCGGUAGGAGGGAGCGUGGUGCGGCAGGUGAUAAGAAGCGAGCCAGAGAGCUGCACUUGCAGCUUGAGCUUUGGGUGGAAAUCCACGCGUUGCUUCAGUUUGCAAUAGAUUUGUGUGGGGGCGGGAGGCAAGAGCAGAAUCUGCAGCAGGGAGAGGAACAGAGCAGUCAGGUGCAAGGGGCAGGCGGGGUGGGUGAGGAGGGGGGGAUAGCGCAAAUGGCAGGGGACGUGGAGAUAUGGAAAGAACAGCAGGAGAGAGCGACCUUGCGGCUGCUCUCGUUGCUCUUCCCUAAAUAUGUGGUGGAAGGGCAGAAGAAGCAGCGGCGGCUGGAGGAGGAGGAGCGGCAGAGGGAGGAGGAGCAACGGCAGAAGGAGGAGCAACGGCAGCAGCAGGAGGAGGAGGAGCGGCAGAGGGAGGAGGAGCAACGGCUGCAGCAGGAGGAGCAGCAGCAGGAGGGGAGGGAUGAGGAUGAGGAGGACGAGGAGGUGCAGCAGCAGCAGCAGCAGCAAGAACUCAUAGACCCGUUGGUUCCUCUAGGAUCGUUCGCCCAGCUGAUGCAGGUGCUGCCGUAUCUCGGGUCAUGGUGGAUCCGUAGGGAGUGCCAAGACUUGAUAGCGCUGAUGCCGCCCACGAGAAUGGAUGUGUGCGCUCAAAUGCUUCAGGGGGCGCAAUGGGAGCUUGAGGGCCAGUCUCUUGCACUCCAGGAGCCCUCUUUUCUCCCUGGAUCUGUGGCACUUGACAUGUGGGGCGUCGCCUUGAACCAUGUUUACAAGUGGUGCUACUGGGAUGUGAAUGGUUUCGUUUCCUUUCCAGUGUUCCUCAGCUUGGCAGAAAGAGCAGCAGUCCACACGUGUGCAGCCAUCACGAAUCUGGAGAAUCUCGUCAUUCCCACCUCCCUCGCUUCCCUCCACCUGGAAGGCCAGCACUACUCCAACCUAUGCACCCACAUGCUUAUGUGGUCUUCGAAUCGAAACCCUUCUACUCUCGCUGAGCUUCACACAAACGUUCUCUCGCCUCUCCUUGAUACCCUCAUCCGCUUCCUCGUGUUUGAGCCAGAGAACCUAAUCUGGUGGCUGAACAGGAGUGGUGUGGCUCCAGCGGAACGUGGCUCCCUCUUCCUCCGCCUCCUUGUUCUUGUUGCCGUCUCUGUCUGCAAUGUCGACUGUCACCACGGCCAUGAGUUCUUCUCCUACCUCGUAGACCACCUCCUGAUCCUCUUCUCCCCUCUCGACCGGCUCCCCAACCCGCUCAUCUCCACCCUUCCUCCAAAACUAUACUACGAUCUCAAGAACAUGUUCAGGAGGGAUAAACCCGCACCAGGUCCCAACUACUUUUACCAGAUGCUGACCCGUAACAUGCGCGCCAUGCAAGACCCUUUGGUGGUGCUUCGGCGGCAGGGGUCUUGGAGUAUUCCAGCCUAUGAAUGGAAGGCCAGCCUGCCGUACUUAGAUGUUGAGUUCACCCCGGAAGUUGCUGCUCAUGCUGCUGCUGCUGGACGUGUAAAUGGAGGGCAACAGUGCUUCUCAGUGUUUUCUCUUCAGAAUCUGACAGGGUACCGGGUUCCACUGCUGGGUGGUGACACUGAGAAUGCAGCCGAUGCCGCUGCGGCCGCUGCUGUUGAUGAGGAGGAGGAUGGCGGUGCUGGUGAUGGUACGGUUGGUGAGGAAGGAGCUGGUGCUGAAUCUGGUGCCGGAGCCGACUCAGACUCAACAACAGAGGCAGCGGUGGCACCUCAAAGCGGAGAGAGUCUAGAGCAGGGGGAUGAGUGGGGUGGUGAUGAGGAGGGGAAGGCAGGUACAGUUGGUGGUGCUGGGAAGCACGUGGGGAAGGAGUUGAAGAAUGCGCAGCUGCAGACCGACGAGCGGGAGGAGGUGGACGGUGUCAAGAUCGCGCUGAGGAUCACACAGCAGCUGCGCAGCUGCCUGCACCAGAAACCGCUCGUUCUUUCCUUCGCAACUGUCCUCCUUCAGGCUCGUGAGCGGCUGCAGGAGGAGUUGUCCCCGCUCCAGCAGUGCAGCAGGGAGGCACGGAGGGCGUUGACUCUCAAGCUUCAGUCCGUCAGUGCAAGCCAGCGCGCCUUUUACCUCAAGGAGUACGAGGAACAUGCGUGCCCUUUGAAGGUUGACGUGGACGCGUUUCUGGCCCUGAUUCACGAGGGUGUGAGGCAGCUGAAGCAGCUGCUGCAGCAGGGGGGCUCGGGCACAGGACAGGGCCAGCAGCAGCGGAAAGGGCAGGGGCGUGGGUGGUCAGAGGAGGAGGCGGAGAAGCAUGAGCAGCUGUUGGAAGAGGCUCUGGAUGCAGAAGAAUCACUUACGGCUGCAACCAGUGCCGUCCACCAUUCCCCCUCACCCUCUUCCGACAGGCACGCUGGUCAUGCGUCUGCCUCUGUGAGUUGGCUCCACAGCACAGCCAUUGGUCCCCUCUCCGACCUCCUCUCCCAGCACAAGGCUCUGGAGCACCGGCUCAAGCAGCUGCUGCACUCCACAGAGAAGGAAGGGGCAAGUGCACAGGGUGGUUCCAGAAAGGGGAGUGGGAGGGUGAAACAAGAGGGAAGCAGUGGGGUGCAGGAGCCUGGAGGAGGGAAAGGGAAGGGGAAGAAGGGAGCGGGCCGCAGUGGAGGGAAGGAUGGUGGCAAAGGAGGGAAGAAGCAACGAGGGGGCAGGUCAAGGAGGUGA